GCGGAGCCGAGAGGGGUGCGGUGGGGGGAACACGGAGCGGGGCAGGCCGCGCUUGCCCCCGCUGCCGAGCGCCAUGCGGGUGUCGCUGGCCCUCCUGGCGCUGGCGGCGCUGAUGGCACCCCGCCGGAGCGCGGCCUCCCGCGGCGAGCAGCUGCCCGCAGUGCCUUCACCAAUGCAGAUCACAGUAACGUCAGAAAAUUUCAAAACUGUCUUGCACUGGCAGUACCCACCUAUGUCUGAAACUCCUCGUUUUACUGUGGAAAUCAAACCUUACAAUUUAGGUUACUAUAAGGUCGUCUCGACUUGUGUGAACAUUUCAGCUCAUUUUUGUGAUCUGUCAAGAGAAAUACAUGAGCCUUUUGCCUCUCACUGGCUUCGAGUUAAAGCUGUUGUUGGGUCACAACAGUCUGAGUAUGUUGAGACAAAUGAGUUUAUUUUGCAAAAGCAUGGAAAAAUAGGACCACCAAAACUGAAUCUCUCAAGGCAUGGUGAUAAAAUUAUGGUGGAUAUUUACCAUCCUGCAUUCCCAUCUGUGGAGCUUCUUCCUUGGAUUGGAGAAAUUUAUUCAGAGAUCAUGUACUUGGUGACUUUUGGGGAUAGUAAAAAUCAGAGCAAAGAAGAGUUCCCUGAAGACAAUUGUACAAUGUAUAAAUGUAGUGUCAACAUACCUGUUCCUGCUGAAGGUUCCACUUACUGUGUUUCAGCAAAAGGAACUUUAUAUGGCAAUCUGAUGGUUGGUGCCUCAUCAGAAGAAAGCUGCAUUGAUGUUCCUCUCAAGCAGACACUGAGCACAGAAUAUAUUGUCAUUCUGUGUGUUGCUGUUCUGAGCCUGACGGUAAUGUUCACAGUAUGUUUUGGCUGCAAGAAGCUAAGGAAGAGCAACAUAAAGCUGCCUAAGUCUUUGGUCAGUGUGAUAAGAAACCUGAACACAGAGGGCAGUCUAGAACCAAAAUCGGAAGUAAAAUACAUGUCUGUAAUAAGCUUCGUGCCAGGCCAGUCAGUGUUGCCACAGAAUGUUGACGUAACCUCACUGGAGGCAGAGCCAAAAGAAGAAACUGCUAGUCCUGAGAAUUCCAGUCAAGGAGCAUCUUCUGUUCUUCCGCCAGAGGCACCAGCCGAAGCAGAAGAGGUAUCUGUGCCAGAAAGCACAGAGGAGGUAUCUUCUGAUGAUGAACAAAAUCACAAAGUAAGAGAGAAUUAUUUCAUUUCUGACAGUAGCCAAAUGAAUAUAUGCAGUAACUCUUCAGCUCCGGAGGUUCCUGCCACAGAAAUACAGCAAACAGUCGUUCCAAGCAGUUGUCUCAAGUUUUCUGGCUAUGACAAGCCUCAUGUUCCAUUAGAUAUGUUGAUAGAUGUUGGUGAAGAACAGCCUGUGAUUGCUUACAGGCCAACUGAAUAACCAGGAUAGCUGACGUGUUUAACCAGAACUCAGGAGCAACAGCAUUACUGAAGAUUAUGGAAUGUCCAGGUUAUAUUAUGAACAUCUACAAGUUGUAUUUGCUCUGAUCCAAUGAGAAUAACCAGUGCGCAAUAUAGACAGUGGGAUCCUGAUCAGGCACUGAGAAUAGUGUCUGAGAACAGCAUAAAAAGUGUGGGGGAAAUUUCAUACUAACCAACUUAGAAGCGUUGGUGUGUAUGAUAUAAUUCACUAUCGUACUUGAAAUAGCGCUCUUUCUUUAACGGCACUCUAUGGAGAACAGACUUCAUCAUGAAGGAGUAUAAAAGAGCAGCUGUAUUAAUUUCCUUCUCUUUCAAGGCCUCUUCAAAAUUAAUUUGAACAUAAUGCUUAAAAGUCCUUCACUUGGUUAUGAUAGGGAUGUGCAAGAACUAUUUUAAGAGUUUUUGUCUUUGCUGGAGGUAUUUCUCUUGCUUGUCUUUUUCUCUUGAAGACUAUUUUUGUAUUAAACAAAAUGCUGCUAUUUCUUUUAAGUGAGAAUAUGCCUAUAGCCUUUUCCUGUGUAUCUUAAGAAUUCAUUCUAUGGCCAAAACCAGUUAUUUAUAGUCUUUUCUGCACUGGAAUAUGUAUUUCAAGACCAUUGCUUUGUACAUUUCAGCAAGUAAACAAUAGGCUUUUUCCUUUGCAUUGUGAGUCCUGUGACUAAAAAAAAAGCUAUUUUAAAGGUGCUGUUAUUUGUGUAUGGCUGCAUCCGUUUGGUUCACCCAGAUACAUUGUAUAAGCAUGUCACAUUCUGGGUAACUCCUGCAUUAGCAUGCUGGCUGAUGCUCAUUAGGGGGGGGAAAAAACAUGUAAUACGUGGUUGAACAAAUUCUUGAGAAAAUGUUUUCAAAGAGCAAAAGUGUACUUUCCUCAGGAGCUUUUUUAUCCCAGUUCUUAGAAUGAUAUGAUUUUUUUUUAAAUAGAUAUCAACAGAACUUCUUCCAAACAUGCUUUCUAGGAGGUUGAAAAUGACUACCGUUUCCCCUGGAAAGCCUAAAUAGAAAGAUUUCAUUGUAUGUUAGCCAGCUUUGAUUUGUUUCUGUCUUAUGUUCAAAUGUAGUGAGACUCUGAGUAAUAUUUUUCAGCGUCAUGUUCUGAGUUGAGUUCCUAGAAGGCAAUGCUGGUGACUUACUGCUUAGGAACCACUAGCGUGUACGUACCUCCAUUGCAGAAGUGCAGAAAAUAACUCUCUUGAUGCUACAAGAAGGCUUUGAAAAUCAGAAUUAACUUGCACUUGAAGCUUUAACUGAACUGGCUUUUCAGUUUACGGCAUGGCACACCACUGAAGCAUGAUUGCAGCACUCUGUGUACUAAGGAGAUGAGCAGCUGCGUCUGUGCAGAGCUUAAAGUUGAUGUCAUUUCUUUCAGGUUUUCUUAGCUUCGUUGAUAAAUACAAACUGCAAUAAAUACUUCAGGAGUUUACGAAUGUCAACUAGUGUUUAAAUUAAAGUUGGCUCAGAAAGGAGAAAUAGGGCAUUAGAAACUGUGAGGUUACCUUGGGUUUUGGGAAGAAGUUUCUGAUCAGACAGUUUGCCAAGUAUCUUCCUUGCUACUGCUCAGUGUUUCAUUUUCUUGCAAUUGAUAGCUCAUUUUCUUUUUGUCAGUUUUGUCCUCCUCCCCCAAAAAGGGUUGCUGUUCUCCAAGAAAUCAGCCACAGUAGUCAUCCCAUUUGGUGUAUCUGCCUCAAAACUAUUCUGCUUGGAAGUAUGUAAUUUCUUGGAAAUGCUAGGUUUACAUUCUUAAGUGUGUGUGUUGAAAACCUGGCACUGUUAGAAUUAUUAACUAAGACUCAGCCUCUUAGACUUGUGUGAACAUAAGAGGUCGCUAAGUGUUCUCUGUUCUGGAAGGCUUUCCUGUGCUGACAUGCUGAAAGAGGAGCGAUGUUUUUUGCUGUGUGAAGGCAGAUAGAUUCAUUUUAAAACCAAGUGACUGUUUCUGAUUCUUUUCACUUUCCCCUGCAAUAUUACUACAUUGUACGUUGUCCUGAAUCUUUCAAGCCACAUGGAGUCCAAUGUGAGUAAAAGGGACCAGCCAGGUGCUAAAUUAAGGACAAGAAUGUUAAGAUAGAUCAGAAAUGACACGCAAAUCAGGAGCAUAUAGGAAAAAUUUGGCAUGGUGGGUAGUUACGUGUAAUGGAAAGGCACUGUUACUCUGUAAGCUGAAAAUAAAGCACAGGAGUAUGAGAGCUUUGUGCUCUACAACAUAUACCUAUGCACACAACUGACCUCUUCUUGUAACUAUCAGAAGGCUAAAUGUUUUUGUUUUGUUUUGUUUUUGAUGAAAAUUUCUGAACUGUAAUUACACAAGCCACUGAAUUAUCACCCCUCCCUGCAGGUAAGGUGUGUCUCCUGUGUAACGUGUACUUCACACGUGCCAGCAGCACAGGGGUAGUUUAGAUGUUUAAAUUGCUCAGAGCAGCUUGCAGGCUUUAUAAUUGUGAAAUAAAGAAGCUUAAGAGUACGCAAAGCACCAAAUUCUUUUAUUAGCUGUGACUGCCUGAAAACGUGAGGCCACAGUGAGAGAAGAACGUGUUCCCUGGGUUAGUAAGCUCUAUUUGCCCCAGUCUUGUUUCCAGCAGUUGCUAGGAGUGGUUGUAAAAGAGAGCCUAAAAAGAGUGCGUACACGAUGGUAUUUCUGUUAGGGUACAGUCUAGCAGCCUGCAGUGUUAGGAUGUCUUGGGACAGGGAAAUGCCUUUCAGGUACAGCUAGUUAGUCUUACUUUUCCAGUUCUGUAAUAGCAAAUAUCUGAGCCAUGUGGUUUGGAAGCUGUCAGGUAGUAUUUAUCUAUGCAUUUUCACUUAACUACUAAAUCACUCUUGUGAUGAAGUAGUUUGCUUAAGCGUCUGGAUAUUCAUGCAUCGCACCUUGACACAUCGCACCUUGACAUGAUAUCCUUGACACAGGAUAUCAAAGUGCCUAACAUUUACAGGUUCAAAAUCAUUUAGUAUUCGUGCCUUUUACAGGCAUACCAGCUAUCCAGUAUGACACACGUGAAGGGUUUCACCACUUCAGGUGCUUUCAGGUGAUUUUUAUCUUGUUAUGACUGCUCAUCAUUUCUCCCUUCCUGUCUCCUAAAGAAGUUUUGGGAGAUGAUGGAAUAUAAAACUCCAAAACAUUAUAUCCUGUGUAAGAGAAAUUGCAUCACAAAACUUUGGCCUAAUACCUGACAACAUUUCUAAGAACUUCUUUAGUUCUCAUUUUUGCAUGGACAUUGUAGAUUUUUGCUUUCAGAUCUUCAGUUAACAGUGAAGUAUUGUGGCGAUACUGCGUGCUAGCACAGAAGUGUGAAGUUGGGCUUUUAUGUUUUUUCUGCAUAAAUCAAUAAUGUAGUUUAAAUGACAUCUCUGGAAACAAGACAUCUUGUGUCCUGGUUGCUUCAAACAGACAUGCAUACUUGUAUGUAGUUCUUCACUAGUUAAGGCGGCAGGAAAAGAAACUUGCAUGAGAAGAGCUGGUUUUUGUGAAGGCUAGAAAUAACUGGUUGCUCUGAAGUGGUGCCAUGUAAACAGUUUAGUAUUAAUAAAUAAGAGCUGUUAUACUUGGUUCAAAUUAAUAGUUUCAACAUCUCUUCAAAAAAAACCAAAACAAAACCAAAACACCAAACCAAACACAAAGCACCUUUCAUCUUCUAAAAUGAGUGAGCAGUAUAGGUUUCUUUGGUGUGGUUUCAAAAAAUGCAGUCCUUCAACAGUGAAGCCCUUGUUUAUUAAUACACUUUCUGUAUCCUCUAAAUGGGCGCAGUCAUUGGGCUAGGUGGGACCUCCAAGGAUCCAGAGUUUAUUCGUUUCCCCAGAACUGCAUCAUUCCUCCUACUCAUGUGUUUAAGGACUCCACAACCUCAUCAGGCAAUUUAUUGUAGGAGUUUUUUACCCCUAGAAAGUAUUUUCUGAUGUUUGAUGCAAGUUUUCCUGACUUCAGACGCUUAAUUAUCCACAAUGGGCCUGCUGAACAUACUUUCAUUUUUGUCUGAAACUUGUAGCUGAACUACUUGUAAAUACUGUAAAUUUCAAAUGCUUUUACAUUGAAUUAAAAAAUAAUAUUUCAGAAGACA